AGGCGCUGCUAAAACACUUCUGCGCUUCUAGAAGGGCACGAGACAGACGAAAGAGCCGGCGCAGAUUUAACUACUGGGAAAUACUGAGACGCAAGAUUUGUUAUAUGAUCAAUCGCGUCUGUUGUGGAUUUUACUGAACUGAGAUCAUGAAUUAAGCGGCACGCGCUGAUUACUUCAUUUACGAGGCUUUAACCGGCUGGAAUCGCUGCAAUUUAAAGGCGUCUGUAGGAGCACUUGGUCUCUUUUGCCCUUCUGACAUGGGAUUUUAACUUUCUACACCGCACGCGCACCUGGAGUCAGUUCGCUUGGUUUUACGUUUGCGCUCUUCCAGAAAUGGUGGGCCAUUUACAUUUGCAAGCUAUGGAUGAGAGUUUGAAAGGAAAGAACCGGGAGGGACUGUUGGAUAGUCCGGAUUCCGGACUGCCUCCGAGUCCCAGUCCGCCCUUCUACUCUUUGUCGCCGGGGAUCCUGGAGUCGCGCUCCGGCAGCUGCUCAACACCGACUGAGCUGCAGGGUUACAGCAGGAGAGAGAGCCGUGAGGGCAAACUGCUACCAUACUUGCUCCUGAACUCUCAAGGUCCAGAUGCUAAAUCGCGCAUGUACCCUGUGGUCUAUGGAGAGAGCAUUGAGGUCAACCCCAAACCAGAAAAAGAGAUCAAGUUUAACUCUGCGGUGAGGUAUGAUUCAGACAGACGCUUUCGUGACCAGGUGUACUGCGCCCAAGUCCCAACAGUCACGUCGUUCAGCGAGUCAGUGGUGGCGGUACAGAACUGCACAUGGCGCAGCUACAAGUCAGAGGUUCACUUUGAGCCACGGCUCAGGCCGCUACACUACCAAAGCACAACCUUUGUGUUCCCCAAGCACACUAGGAAUACGUACCGCACUACGCUUAACUUCAACGGCAACAGAAACGGAGCUGGGAAGCGACGGUUCGUGUCCACGGUCAGACUGGAAUCCACAGAGGAUGCCAGUCCUUGUAUCAUUUACACAGAAGACCUCUGAGACUUCCCGAGAGGUGUGUUAUUGUUCCCAAAACUCAAAAACUCCCCUUGGUUAGAGAGCUACAAUGAAAGUGCUUGGACUUCUGUUACCAAAACCCUAAAAAACGGAUGGCUAGAGACUUCAAAGGAAAAAGAUGAAAGUCAGUGAGGGACACUUUGUUCAUUCGCUGCAGGUUAGGUUGGUACUUGAGCUGAAGCUGUCUGUGUGCAGUCUUUGCAGUAUAUUUGUGUGUUACGUGUGGUGUAUUUAUGUUCAUUUGAGGUUUUUUAUUUUUUAUUUUAAUAUCCAGUCAUACCUGUCAAGAGGAGUGACGAGCGUAAGGGUGAAAUUUCUUGCUUAUUGGCGGGCAUGCACAUUUACAAACUUCUACACAUCCCUCAUGUUUUGCGUGUUAAAUUAAAAUCAUGUUUGUAUGUUUGAGGUACUGGCAAUUUGCUUGGUUUCAUUUGCAACAUUAUAGUACCUUUUUUAGUAUUUCUAAUUCAAACCAAUGCGGGAAACACCCGAGUUUGAUUUCGACAAUUAUCGUUAGUUAAGACAUUUACGAUACUGACAUAAUUUAAAUGUAAGUGUAAAGACAAACACACUGUAAGUGAAUCAUACACUCUCAGAAAAUAAGGUACAAAAGUUGUCACUGGGACGGUACCUUUUAAAAAUGUCCUAAUGCACUAUUUUGGUACUGAUAUGUACCUUUGAGGUACCAGUAUCUACCACUAAUGGUGCUUUUCUAUAGCAUAGUACCCCAUGGGUCAGGUCGGGUCAGCUCACUUCACUUUCAGUACAUUCACACAGGGCAUAAGCGGUAACGCUUCCCAUUCACUUUUAAUGCAUGAUGUCAUGCAUUGCCGAACUGAAUUGUGGAUCCGUCGGCACCGCGUCAGUAACGUUGCUUGCGGCAGAAGUUGAACAUUUCUCGAUUGCCUUAGCAAACAACCUAGGCAGAGCCAGCCAAUUACGUUUAUGAAAGACCGGAGCAUGUGCUGCGGCCACUGUAAUUGGCUGUUGGCUACGCUUCAGGCAAGCCUUCCGUCAAGCGUUAACGCUUUCGCCCCGUGUGAAUGUACAGUUUGGCUUGGUUAGCUUUUCCAUCGAGUUUAUUAAGCCUUCCGAGUGAGAGGGAUUAUAGGCGUGUCGUUAUAUUUGUGCUGCCUACUGCUGUGACAUCAUACAAGUGGCAUGCUAUACGUUCCCAUUCAUUCAUUUGUCAGUCCGCCACAAAAUCAAAAUUGACCACCACAAAAUAAAUGUUUGCACAACGCGUUUACUACCUCGCUGUCUCACAUGACAGUUUUUGUACAAACACCCAUGGCGUCAGUCAGCGCGCUCCUCUGAACCUGAUUUAAGUUGCAAAAUGUUGUCGCGAAAUUGCCCGCACAAAAUGCACGUUUGGAAAACACUGGUAUGGUGUUCCUUCUCAACCUGUGGAUGUUUUUCACCGCUAAAAGGAAGUCUGGAAACUUACAACAAAGCACAGAUGUCAACAGGUGGGCUUGAGACAGUGCAAGCAAGGAGGUAAAGCUAAUCUUGCGUUUGGCGUAACGCUCGUCGUGAUUCUCUCAGACCAAUCAGUGAUCUACAGUGUUUUCACGUCACGUUUUAGUAUAAGCUCAGCUCGCUUGGAACCCCAACCAAGGUGGUACUAAAAAAAGUAUCAUGUACUACGUACUGUACACAGUGGAAAGCCCCCAUAAGUAAGCUAACCCAUGCCAAACCGUAGGGUACUAUGCAUGAAAAAUUGCUAUAAGGUACCAAUGUUUACCUUUGAGGUACCAAUAUGCAUGUUUUAGGUACAAAAGUGUACUUUUUGAAAAGGUACCACCCUAGUGACAACUUUUCUACCUUCUUGUACCUUUUUACUUAGGAUUAAACCCCAAAAUUUCAGAGAACUUGCUAAAAAAUACAAACUGUAUGAGUUGCACUUACACUGUGUUUUUAAUCAUAUUUUAUAUUAAUAGUCUUGGUAUAAAUAAUAGGAAAUAAGCAAAUAGGAGCACUUGAAAGGUUGGACCAAAAGUUUUUUCAAUUUAGGAGAAAGGGAAACGCAGCCUUAAAUAUUUCCACCCUUUCUGGUUGUACCUCAGAACAUGUGGAAUAAUUAUCUUGCACAAGAGUUUGAGAACUCACCCAAGACUCUGACAAGACAAUAAUUCAAUGGCCAAAAUAGAACCUGCCUUCACAAAGCUGGUUACAAAAUUUCGUGAAAUUCAAUGUGGCGUACAGGAAAUAAUAACAUAUGGCUUGAGCAUGUUUUAAUUCGGCACAUUUUGGGGAAAUGUUUGGAAUGCCAUUUGCUGGUUUUGUGAGAGAUUUUGCCAUAAAGAAUCUAAAAAGGUUCAUCUGGAGGAAACAAAGUUUAUUCACCUAUCAUGUAAAGAUGGUGUCCAGUCAUCUGACCUACUUUCAGAUUGCAUGGUUGGAUAACCUUUGGUUUCGCAAGUAAUGAUUUUUUUGGAGCCAGUUAGUCUCAUACAAUAUCUUGAUUAUCAACGUGAACUCUCUUGUGACCUCCAGCAAAUCCAUUUAAUCUUAAAUGUGUUAUACACAAAUGCUUUUUUAUAGCAGGGAAGGGACACAUUCGGUUCUGAGAUGGUUUGCUUUGGUUUAACUUUUUCUUCUUUUUUGGGAAGCUGAUGAGAUGUAUUUUAAGGAAUGUUUUGAUUAAGCAGUUGUGGAGGUGUUUGUCUUAUGGACUAUAAAUUUUGAAUUCUUUAAAAGCUGAAAGUGUACAUUUUGAUCUCUUACCUCAUUAAAAAUUCUUUCAUGUUUAAGCUUUUAAAAUAUUUGUAAUCUUAUAUGCUGGGAAAUUCUCUGGUGACUGGAAAUUACAGCGUAGGUUAAGAAAAAUUGACAGUAUGUAUUGGUACACGAAUGUGCGUUUUGAGAGGGAAUGCAUGGCAGGAAAAUGAAAAGAACACAGUGUAUUUGAAUCCAGUGUAAUACGGUAAAGAGUGCACCUUGCACAAUAUAUUUCAUGGAAGAUGUGAAUAAAAGAUAUGUGGUUUGGUUUGGCUAAGCUAAGCAAUGUCUGCUUAAUCACAUAUAUUUUAUGAAAAAUCACAAGACAUCAGAUAAAAUACUUUCUGUGUUAAGAUGGAUUACUUGUGAAUGAUGGCCAAUUGAUAAGUGAAUAGAGGAAUUUUAGCAAUGUGUUGGAAGCCUUGCAAUGUUAUUAAUAUGGAGGAGAGAGCUUGUUUUUUACGUUUUGAUUAUUUUGUUUGGUGUAAAAUGCUCUCUGCAAACUGAUUUUUUUUCUUUAACAUGAUGAUUUGUGCUCAUGUAAAAAUACUUUCUUGUUGUAUAUGUGGCAUACAGCACUAGUAAUUCUCUAUAUUUUUGUAUAAUUCCCAAUUUAAUGCUCUUCUUUUGAAAAACGGAUGAAAAAAUAAUUUAAGAAUAAUAUGUAUAUCCAAACUCAUGAAAUAAAAGCCCUAAACC